GCCCGCGGGGGCCCGCGGGAGGCAGCGCGGGGCCGGGCGCGGAGGCCCGGGCCUGGGAGCCGCAGGCAUGCUGCGUCCCAAGGCUCUGACCCAGGUGCUAAGCCAGGCCAACACCGGCGGUGUCCAGAGCACGCUGCUGCUGAAUAACGAGGGAUCCCUGCUGGCCUACUCCGGCUACGGGGACACGGACGCCCGGGUCACCGCGGCCAUCGCCAGCAACAUCUGGGCUGCCUACGACCGCAACGGGAACCAGGCGUUUAACGAAGACAAUCUCAAAUUCAUCCUCAUGGACUGCAUGGAGGGCCGUGUCGCCAUCACCCGGGUGGCCAACCUUCUGCUGUGUAUGUAUGCCAAGGAGACAGUGGGCUUUGGAAUGCUCAAAGCCAAGGCCCAGGCCUUGGUGCGGUACCUGGAGGAACCCCUAACCCAAGUGGCCGCCUCCUAGUGGGCCUCGGCUGGAGCUGGGCUCGGAAAAGAACAAUGACCGUGUGGAGGGGCAGGGCCCUUGGAGCCCUUUCUGGGUGGUGGAGGGGAGAGCGAGACUUUGCUUUUUCCAAGAAUAAACUUGAACUCCUA